AGAGGGAGGGCUCAGAGGAUUUGGGUCCCUAUAGUGUGAGGCCCUGUUAUCUCCUUAUCUCUAUCAUCUCUCUUUUCAUUUGAACGACGAAAAUUGGUAUUAAGGACCGAACCCUGAAAACACAUUGGAAUCUCAUGAAUUUGCAGAUGGUCUGCAAUGCACGUUUAAGAACUAAUCCUUUCUAUUAAAUAAGUUUGUAUUUUGAUAUUUAAUGCCAAUUUGUAGUUUGAAUAGUUGAGGGAUCUAAAGUUGGUAUUUUGUUGUCUUAGUGGUAGAUCCCCACUUUAUCUCAUCUCUUCUCGCUUGAAAUUGAUCAUGUGGGGCCCGCAUGUCUUGUGGGACUUUAAUAUGCACAAAAGGGCUUGUUGGAGUUCACCAAAUAGGUUAUAUAUAAUUGACAGCACAUCGGUGGAUAUAAGUUUACCAUCCUGAAAUCUCAAUUGCAUUAAGUUUUUGUAUACAUUGUUUCAUGUAAAUUUUAGCUUGAUGAUCAUUCACAAUCUAGCGCUGAUCAUUCAUCAACAAUGAUUGAUAUCAUUCUUCAGAACGCCCUUUGAUAUAAGCCUUCAUAUGGAUCUCAAAGAAACUGUUCUCUCGGGAAUCUCUUUUGCUGUUAAAUCUUCUGUCAUCACUCUAAAUUUAAUAGCUCUUGCUUUUUCUGAGGGUCAUAAGCAAUGGUUAGCUGAAGUUCAGUUUCUCGGCAUUGUGGAGCACCCAAAUCUUGUGAAACUCAUCGGAUAUUGUGCUGUGGAUGCUGAAAGAGGGAUUCAGAGACUGCUUGUAUAUGAAUACAUGCCGAAUAAAAGCUUGGAAUAUCAUCUUUUUAAUAAGGUGUUCGAUGCUCUUCCUUGGAAAACAAGACUUGAAAUAGCACUUGGAGCAGCACAAGGGUUAGCUUAUCUUCACGAAGAAUUGGAAGUUCAGGUGAUAUAUAGAGAUUUUAAAACCUCAAAUGUAUUGCUGGACGAAAAUUUUAGGCCAAAACUUUCUGAUUUCGGACUUGCAAGGCAGGGGCCAAUGGCUGGGCACACUCAUGUUUCAACUGCUGUAAUGGGUACAUAUGGCUAUGCUGCUCCGGAUUACAUUGAAACAGGCCAUCUCACUACAAAGAGUGAUGUGUGGAGCUUUGGCGUGGUUCUCUAUGAAAUUCUUACAGGGAGGCAAUCGCUGGAUCGAAACAGGCCAAAGGCGGAGCAGAAACUUUUGGAGUGGGUGAAACGGCAUCCUGUUAAUAGCAAAAGCUUUAGCUUGAUAAUUGAUCCGAGACUUGAAGGAAACUAUUCCAUCAAUAGAGCACGAGAUAUCGCCAAGCUUGCCGAUGAUUGCCUGAGUAAAAGCGCAAAAGAGCGACCAAGGAUGAGUGAGGUGGUGGAGCGAUUGAAGCAGAUAAUCAUUGAUUCAGAUGAAGACAAUCCUGAUGAGAAAAAUAUUAAGCUGUUUGAAAAUGAUGAAUUACUUGAUCAAGAAGAAAACCCAAAUCAGCCAAACCCUUCGAAGUUGUGGCAAAGGAGGAUGGCCCAUCUUGCAAAACUUGGUGAACAUGUGGAUACUGCAAUUGGACGAAGAUUUAUGGUGCUACAAAGUACCAAAGCUGGUUCUUAGUUACAUCAAUACUAUGAAACAACCACAUGAAUUGUUUCUAUAUGUGAUGUGUAUUAUUAGAUAAUAAUAUAUCAAUUUUGAAAAAAAAUCACCAAAUUAUGUAUCAGCACUAUGUAUAGUACCAUGCUCUAUUAAUAGUAAUGGCUCUUGUACUGAGCCUGCUUUAUCUGCAA